AUAGAAAUGGAGUCUGCUAUUUGAUAGUAAAAUUCCACGUAGCAUUGUAUUUUCAAAUAUGUUGACAAUGCUACAAAAAUAACGAACGACAUAACAUGGAUCUUGACCAGCUUCUAUCUUGACAGCGAUACGCUCUUUUAUCAUUUGAGACAGGAAAGUAAACCACACAAAUGGACACGUGUAUGGGGGAANCAUUUCAAAACAAACCGAUUUGAAAUAUUUUGGGAGCCUGCAUUUACUUGUUUAUACAAUUGAUGUUUAUAACGUUAUUUAUUUGGAAACUCAAGAAUGCCAACUAUCGUUCAACAGCUGGAGCAAGUGCAAGCAAAUGUCGCAGAAUGUGAACAUAGAUUAGAUAAAAUAGAGAGGUUGUUAAGGUUGGAAGAGUUGGCAGAUAACGAAAGAAACAGUUUACUUGCGGAAGAAAAAGUCCUAAAGAAAACAAUUGCUCAGUAUGACAAGGACAUGGCAAAUUUAAGAAAAGAAAACAGAAAAACAAUGCUGUUAUCAGUAAUUUUAUUUACCUCAGUCUUUAUAGGAUAUUUGUAUUUUUAUGGAGAAAAUACUAUAUUUCUAUAACUACAUCUCAUAAGGAUAUGUUCUUCUCAAAAGUGACAUCUAUGCAGUAUGACUAAAGGAAUGAAAUAACAAAGGAGAGGGUUGAGAUUCAGAUUUUGCAAAAAUAAUUAUGCAGAAACCAUUUAAGGCCUUUGUACAUUUGGAAUACCUGUAUUUGGAUCAUUUCUAACAACAACUUUUUUGUAACAUGACACGACUUACAUGAGCAAUAGUAGUGCAGUCAACAUUAAUGUUAUGUCAUGCCCGUUUUCUGUGAAGCUAUAUUUGUGGAAACUGCAUUUUUAGUUCUCCCCUCGACACCCUAACGGGCAUAAGAAGGAUGACAAAAGAAGAAUUCCAGCAGGUUGAAAGAUAGAACACUCAUUGGACAUGAUGAAUCUGGUGAGAAAAGUCGCCUAGUAGCAACUGGUGUAUGAAAAGUGAUAUUUUGAUGUAACAAUAUAAGCCAAAAGCAUUUUAAUAAGAAAUGAUAGUGAUGGGACCAAUAAUGAUUAUUUAUCUGGUAAGUUGUUAGUGUGCUCUGGAAGUUUAGAUUUAAUUUAAAAAAGGAACACAUGACAUUCUAAUUUCACAAAAUAAAUAGUGGAGGUUUAGCAUUGACUAAGAAGUAAUUUUUGCAAUCGUUUUUAUUUAAAGGUAAGCUUUUAAGUGAAUCAUAAUUCUUUACAUGGCACAAUAAGUGAAUUAAUUUUUUGUAUAACAAAUAACAAUAUCAAAUUUCCAGUUAACAGAUAUCCAUUUAUUACGCAAUUGAAAUGAAACACAAAAUGCUGUAGUUCAAAUAUUAUGUUCAUUGGUAAGUCAUGCUUUGGUGGAUUUUAUACAGUUAACAUCAGAUUCUGUAAUUGGCAAUUCAUGUCAUCUCAUGUAAUAUGAACAAACUUAAGAUACCUGAAUAACCUUUCCAAACUAAAAA